AUGUCUCAAUUUAUAAAAGCAACACUCCCUAAGAAAACUUUUAUGGUUGAAAAAGGAUUCUAUUCAAUUAAUUUAGAAGAUGGAACUAUUUAGAAGUUAGGACCUGAAAAGAAAUGUUAUAAGUUACCAUCCUAUUCUUCUCAUACAUCUCCAAAUGCACAAAAAGAUUUAUUUCAAGCCAAAAGUCAACAAAAUUAAGAUUCCACCCAAAGAGUAUUUAAAUCAUUUGAUUAUAAGUAGAAUAAUUAAGAAAUGAGAAAGAAUUAAGAAAAUACUAGAAAACUUAAAUCCCAAAGGAAUAAAUGA